UAGAGGGUUUAAGACUAAAAUGCCAGGAAAAGACAAAAAAGAGGAGGGUUUACCGCCUAAGUGAAGAUUUUUCUAUGACCUUGGAGGAUGUAAGCUUGGCAAGCGAUGCAAAUUUUAUCAUGGUACAAGAGAAGAGCUCAAGACUUACAAGCAGACAGAGUACAUUGAUUACCAGCCUUCAGAGCCAGGCUUGAAGAAUAAAAAGUCAAAGAACAAAAAUAUGAAAAUUGGAUCUAAGAAAGCAACAGCGCUUGACGACUACUAUGAUGAUUAUGUUGGAGGUGGUGCUGAUGGCUACUACGAUGACUACUAUGAUGAUUAUUAUGAUGAGUAUGCUCAAUUUGAGGAAGAUCAGCUCUACGGUGACAAAAAGGGAAAAGGAGGAGGUGGUGGUGGUGGAGGCCACAAAGCCCACCCAAACAAGAAGGAGUACAAUUAUGAAGAAGAGAAAAAGAUAGAUCCCCUAAUGAGGCCAAAGAAAGAGAAAAAGAAGAAGAGAAGACCUUCAAUCGACUUAAAAUCAUUAGAUCCUAGUACUUUUAAAGAGAAAUUUGGGGGAUUUAACAAAGACGAUUAUAAAGAAGUUUUGAGCAAAAAUAGCAAGUUCUUUGAAGUGGGAUAUUCAAAGUAUAUAGACUCUGUACAUGAAGUUGAAAAACUCCUAGAGGAUGGCUACAGGAAGGAAGAUGUAGACAAUCCACUUCAGAAAGAGCUAAUGAGUCAAUUAUGCUUUGCAGAUGUCAGAAAGCCAUCUUUCCUUAUUGAGCAGGCAAAUAUCAGGAAGAAUUUCAUUCAUUCCUUCCACACAGUAAAGGAAGCGAACAAGUCUGCUCUAGCUUUGUUCUGUGUAAACAUUAUCCCAAAAUGUUUCAAGGAAGAAUUGAAGGAAAAACUUCUUGUAGAGUACAUAGAGAUCUAUGUACUCCAAAAGAUGAAUGAGCAGGAGAGUGAUAUCUAUCCUUGCUUUAGUAUCAGAAACACUGCAAUUCCGAAAGACAUCAAGGAUGCUAUGGAGAAUGUCCUUUUUGAAACCUCAAAGAACUUGAAGAAUGAAAAAGUUCUCCAUGCCUUGAAGCUGGUGGAGUUAUACCUCCCUGAUAUGAUGAAGACAGUCCACGAGAAGUUGACUAUGGAUUCCGAAGAUUUUUGGGCUAAGAACGAGUUGAGGAAGCUGACAGCUGCUAAAGAGUUUUAUCCACUUGCUGAGUUUAUCAAACAGCCAGAAGAUAGAUGGAAAUAUGUGGCUGGAUUUGUCAAUACAAAAUCUCUCCAAGAAUGUAAGAGUGAAGUCAAGUUUCAAGAAGGAGUGAAGAAGGAUAAGGCAGACAAGGAUGCAAAUAAAAAUGGAAAGACUGCUAAAUAUGUAUCAGCUGAUACCCUAGGACUUCAAGACAAAGAAGAAUCAAAGGAGUUUAAGAAAGAGGAGGAGGAAGAUGAUGAAGAUGAUUGGACCUUGCAGGAGAGGGUGAAAGGAAGUCAACAUGAAGUUAAUGCAGCAAAGAGUGCUCUCCAAAAUUCAACUAAAACUCUCCUUUUGAUCUCAAACGUUGAGAUGAUAGAUGUUGCUGCAGCAGGAAUGAGUUUCAUGAAUAUUUCAUGCAUGUGCAUUAUAUGUGGAUUGGCAUUUAAGGCAAAACUAAAAUUAUUAGAUACUAAGGAUAGAUUGUUAAAUUACUCAAGACCAUGCUACAAAUGCAAAUCAAAAAUAGUAGUGAUAUGCAACUUCAACUUGAUCCAUAUUGGGAAUCAAUACGAUGCAGGAAGUUUAGUUUCUGUAAACACUAAAUUGAUCGAUAUCAAUUCAGUGAGUUUUGACAUUACCUGUGACCAUUGAUCAUAUGCUUCCCCACAAGAAGACGUUCUCCCUGCUCAGAAUGCUAUUUUCAACUGCUUCUCUUGUCAUAAAAAGCUUGAAUUUGGAUAUGGUAGUCUAUCUCUCGAAGAGACAAAAUCCUAUGGGAUCGAAGGAAUGACGAAGUUCAAAGGAGUUAUCGAAUCGAGGAUCAAUAGACUAGAUGAAAAUAAAGAUUCUAAGACAGGCGGCAACAAAGGAGCAAAGAAGGGGAAAGAUCAAGGUGGUUUUAGUCAAGCUAAAGGUGGAAAGAAAGGAAAGGGCAAAGGAAAGAAGAAGGGGAAAUAG